UAUUAAGUGCAGGUGCGCGGUAGUUAUAGAAGAGAACACAUCAGUCCAGAGCAUUACCAGACAACGACAAUGAAGAUGAUAGAUGUAUUGUUGUUCCUUAUCUUUGUACAUCCAAUGUUGACAACCAUGAAUCAAUAUCUGUUUUCACGCAUACAAACUAUUCCGACCAGUUCUUGUCAGACUGUCAGAAAUAAUUCGUUCUCUUUGAGCUACUGUGUUCAACUAUGUGUGUACCAUAGUCACUCUAUACAUGUAGUCAGCCGCAACACUGUUACAAAGGAGUGUGUUUGCUGUAAUUUGCCGCUUUCAGGACCUGCUAAAAUUGGCAUGGAUUGGAUGUCUUUUAGUACACUCACGUGUCCAGAGGGAUACACUACUAGCCAAUGUGAAUAUUCUAAGAUUUGUUUGAAAUACGUUUCCACGAGUACCACAUAUCCGAAAGCGAUGAACAACUGCAAACGAGAUGGCGGAGAUCUUAUUCGAAUAGAUUCAAAGCAGAAAUUCGAUAUCUUCAAGGCAUAUUUAGGAUCUUCCAUGGUCCAGGUGUGGGUUCAGGCGGUGAAAGAGGAUAUGGUAUGGAAAUUUCAUGAUGGAACGUUAUUCCCAAUCCCAGAUUAUUGUCCCAUCGUAGAGUCUAAUGAGGUUACAGAAAUUCACUUCCGGUACAAAAAUGACGACAAUAUCUACCAAGAUGCCCCACCUUCAAACAUGUUUCACUACAUGUGUGAAUUACUUUAGGAAAAAUACAGCUGAACUACAUCCGUAUUAUAUUGUUGUAUGUGGCUGAUAUCACAUUUCACUCAGUUUCACAAAUAGUCAAAAUAAAAUAAACAUCAUGAAAAAAA